AUGGCGGAAGGAGUUCUUUUCAACCUUGCUGGGAAAGUCCUUGAAAUGCUGGGUCCCUUAACUCUCCAAGAGAUCAACUUGGCGUAUGGUGAUGUCAAAGCUGAGCUGGAAAAUAUUAAGACCACAGUUUCCAUAAUCCAAGCUGUGCUUCUAGAUGCAGAAAAGCAGGGUUCUCAUAACAACAAGGUCAAAGAUUGGCUCAACAAGCUUAGAGAUGUCUUACUUGAUGCAUAUGACGUGCUGGACGAUUUAUCCACUGAAGAUUCGAGAUACAAAAUGAUGACUGGAAAUAAGAUGACAAAGGAGGUUCGAAUUUUCUUUUCCAGUUCAAACCAGCUUACUUAUAGUCUUAAGAUUGGUCAUAGAAUAAAGGCAAUUAGGGAGAGACUAGAUGCCAUUACAAUAGAUAAGAAGGACUUCCGCUUUAUUCAAAGCUCCAUUGAGCCACAAGUCAUGAAUAGGGGGAGGGAAACUUAUUCUUUUGUAUUGGAGGAAAAUGUGGUUGGGAGAGAGGAUGAUAAGAAAGAAAUUAUAAAACUUCUUUUGGAUACCAACACUGUAGAGAAUGUGUCACUUAUUCCAAUAGUUGGGAGUGGAGGUUUAGGGAAAACUACACUAGCUCAACUCAUAUACAAAGAUGAAAAUGUCAAAAAUAAUUUUGAGCUAAUGUUGUGGACUUGUGUCUCUGAUAACUUUGUUGUAAAACGGAUUGUGAAACAAAUCUUAGAAUGUUUUGGAGGCAGGAGGUGUGAAGAAAUUGAAAGCCUUGAUAUUUUACAAAAACACCUUCAACGAAAACUUAAUGGAAAAAAAUAUUUCAUUGUCUCAGAUGAUGUGUGGAUUGAGGACAAAAAUCAAUGGAUUCUUUUAAAAGAUUUAUUAAUGGGAGGUGCAAGGGGGAGUAGGAUUGUGGUAACUACUCGCUCUAUAAAGGUAGCUGAGAUAAUGGACACCCCUUCACGUCAUGAACUUAAAGGCUUAGCUCCUAAAAAGGCUUGGUCAUUGUUUGUAAAAAUGGCAUUUAAAGAGAGGACACUAAAACUCAAUAGUUGUUACUCACUUAUAGAAUUACCCCGAGACAUUAUAAAGUUGGUCAAUCUUAGGCAACUAGACAUUGCUUCUUGCUCGAAUUUGACUCAUAUGCCCCUUGGACCUGGUCGUCUUAAUUCUCUCGAGAUACUAACAAUGUUUGUGGUGAGGGAAGAACGUUUGAAGGGUAGCUCUUGUAGUUGGUAUAAGAAAAAACAGGGUAGGACUGGUGGUGGGCUAAGUGAAUUGAAGGAGCUGAGCAAUCUAGGAGGAAGCCUUAUGAUCAGAAAUUUGGGACAUGAAAAAGAUGACAUGGUGGAAUGUAAAGCCACAAACAUGAAGGAGAAACAACAUCUUGAAGAGCUGCAUUUAUGGUGGGAUCGAUUGUGGGAUGAUGGAGAAGCCAAAUUUUAUGAUGAAAUGUCAUUGGAAGGGCUCUAG